AUGAGCGCGAUUAAGUGCUAUUUAAAAUGUGUCGAUAAUACUCAUGAACCAUUCUUAUUAGAAGAUGAGAAAGAAAUGAUUUUUGGAAGAGGUCCAGAUACUAAAAUAAAAGAUUCUCGUUGCUCCAGAAAUCAAAUUAAAGUAAAGGCAUCAUACAGUAAAAGAACAGUUAAAGUCACACAACUUGGAAGAAAUACAUGUGGAUUAAAUGGAAUGGCUCUUAAAAAAAAUACAACAGUAACAGCCAAACAUGGAGAUAGAAUUGAAAUUCUUUUAGGUUUAUUUGUACAUACAAUUGAAUUUGAGUCAGACGAACAAAAUAAACAAGAGAGUCAUAAAAAUAUUGAUGUAGCUUCAAGUAGAAAAAAUAUUGCUAAAAAAAUUAAAUUAAAUUCUAGUGCGCCUUGGGAAUCAGUUGAUGAGGGUAAAUUAUUAAUUUACACUCCUGAAGGAGUGACUUCUUCUAGUUUGAUUGCAGCAUAUGAUUUAGAUAAUACAAUUAUAUGUACUUCAAGUGGUAAAACUUUUCCAAAAAAUAAAAAUGAUUGGAAAAUAAUGUUUGAAGAAGUUUUAAACAAAUUAAGAGAAUUGCAUGCGGAAUCUUAUAAAAUCCUCGUUUUUACAAAUCAAGCAGGAUUAUCUUCAGGAAAACAAAGUGUUAGUGAUUUCAAAAGUAAAAUUGAAUGCAUUGUAAAAAAAUUUAAUUUGCCCAUGCAAGUAUUUGUAGCGACAGGACAUUCGAUUUAUAGAAAACCUGCUAUAGGCAUGUGGGAAGCUGCAAUGGAAAGAAACGAUAACAUAAAAAUUGAUAUGGCCAAAAGUUUUUAUUGUGGGGAUGCUGCAGGAAGAGAAGAAAAUUAUUGGAAAAAAAAAGAUUUCUCUUGUUCCGAUAUAUUAUUCGCCACAAACUUAGAAUUAAAUUUUUUAACUCCAGAGCAUCACUUUUUAAAUAAGAAAAUGCAACCUUUCAAAAUUAAGGUUUUCGAUCCCAAAGCUAUACCAUGUGAUGUUCCUUUGUGCGAACCCUCUUGGGGUCAAGUAAUUUUAAAUAAACUUGAAGUUAUUAUAUUAGUCGGUUAUCCAGGAGCUGGAAAAUCACAUUUUGUUAAAACUCAUUUAACGCCCGCGGGUUACGUAUCGGUCAAUAGAGAUUUAUUGAAAAGAUGGAGCAAGUGUGCGAGUGAAAUGACAAAAGCUCUAGAUCAAAAGCAAAGGGUUGUUAUUGACAGUACUAAUCCAGAUAUAGAAUCUAGAAAGAGGUACAUUGAUAUUGCUAAAAAUUACACAAAUGUAGUAAGAUGUUUUAUAAUGAAUACCAGUUUGCAACAUGCAAAGCAUAACAACAAGUUUCGUCUGCUGACAGAUCCGGCACAAGCCGUAACUGACGUAGUCAUACAUACUUAUGCGUCUAAAUACCAAGAACCAACUUAUGCAGAAGGAUUUUCUGAAAUAUUAAAAAUAAAUUUCUGGCCAACUUUUAAAAAUCCAGACAAAGAAAAAUUGUAUAAAUUAUUUUUGCUCGAAAAAUAA